GUUUAGAGGAAAUAAAAAGAGAAAUUUUGAUAAAAAGACACAGCGUCGUCUCUACUCUAAAACCCCAAAACACAUAAACCCUAAAUCAAUCCUCUGCCGCCAAACGCAGAGAUGGGAGGUUCAAGAAGAAAGUACAAGCGAUCUCGGACCAAGGUGCGGGUGGCGCUGCCGAAGCGUAAGCCCAACGUCUUCAAGCCGGCCUUCUGUCUCCCUCCGAAGCUCCGGGCCUUGAUCGACCAAGCAGACCCUGCCUCUCGCCCUAAGUGGGACCCCGAAGGCACCGUCAUCCAAAACUACAAGUCGUUCGGCGUCCUCUCCAACCCUAACUCUCUCCAGGUCACUCCUGAUCAGCCUGACCCCGCCGAGCUCGUAGACCCCAACGACGACGGUAGUGAUCUCGAAGAGGACGAUUUAAAAACUACUCUGGGAAAGAAACGGAGAGAUGGGAGACCUGCUUCGUUACUACCGUUAACCACCAUCCAACGUGUUCAUGUCAGUCGGCUUAUUGAGAAAUAUGGAGAUGACUAUCAGAGAAUGUUCAUGGAUACAAAACUAAAUGCAAUGCAGCAUUCUGUUGCAACUUUGGAGAAGUUAUGCAGAAGGUAUCAUAUGUAUAAAGAUCGAAAUCCCUUGAUAUUGACCCGUUGAGAAAGGUUCUGUUUUGUAUGGUGAUGUUGGUAGUCAUGUUUUGUAUGAUGAUGCUGGUAGUCAUGUGAACCCAAGAUAAUUUAUCCUUUUCAAUGCGUAUGCUACAUUUCUACUCACUCAUAUAAAGACUUUGGUUGAUUAUUGUUGUUCUUUGUUUAUUUACAUUUAAAUAGAAUAUAUACUAGUAUUUCAAAAUCCUCUAGGGGAGGCGCAUGGUAGCCGGAGAUGGAUAACUUUUGAAAGUGUUGAGUAUCUCGGUCAUUGAAAACUAGUAUUCUGUGGAGGUGUAGCCAACUGGGUGGCACCCCGAUAUGUUCACGUUUUGGACUUUGGAGUUACCCAAUUGAGUAGAACAAGCUGUAAUUCUAAUGUCUUUUGUAAGACUGUUGAAGCUUAUGUGAAUCAGCUCAUG